AUGAACAUCAGCACGGGCUGCGUGUCCCAGGGGCUGCACCCCAGCAUCCCUGCCCUGGGGACCCUGCUCCUGCUGGGCUGUGUCCUGCUCAACGGCACCAGCUGCUGGGUCUUCUGCUGCCGCAUCAAGCACUGGGACCCGGGCAUGAUCCUGCAGUUCAGCCUGGUCCUGGGAGACAUCCUGGCCAUCCCUGUCGCUCCCUUCAGGAUCUCCUACCUCAGCCUGGGCUACCAGUGGCCCUUUGGGCAGUUUCUGUGCCAGGUGGAAGCCUUCCUGCAGAGCACCCACACCUACAGCAGCAUCUACUUCCUGACGCUCAUCUGCAUCCAGCGGUACUUUGUGGUGGUGAGGUACAAGAGCAGGUCCCUCUGGAAGGAGAGGAGCUUCUUGAGAAAGCUCUGCCUGUUUGUCUGGCUCGUCCUCUUUGCCCAAGGGCUGCCUGUCUUCUUCCUCCUCAAGACGUCAGCGAUGAAUGGCUCAGCCACCUGCCUAAACAUUCACCAGUCCGAGUUGUCCUCUGUUUACUUCUUCUACAACAUGGGCUUGGUUGUCCUCUCUUUCCUCCUCCCCUUUGCUGUUUACUUGACCUUUGGAGCUCUGCUGGGAGCUGCCAUUGCCAAAGCAGCCAAGAAAAGCUUCAGAGGGCAGAAGAUGAAGAGCAGGUCUCUGCAGAUGCUAACAGUCUCUCCGGUGAUUUUUGCUGUCUGCUUUGCCCCCCUGCACAUCUUCAGGACCAUUGCUGUCACUGGGAAGUACUUUGGUAUGUCUUGCAAGCUCUUGCACCGAGUUGAAGUUGCCUACUACAGCAGCUGGGUGGUCACCAUGGCCAACAGCUGCCUGGACCCCCUGAUUUAUGUGUUUGCUAAUGACAAGUUCAAGAGGAGCUUUGCCGAAUCCUUCCGCAAACGCUGGGGCACCAAGUGA